GCAAAAAUUCAAGCUCUCUUUGUUUUGGCCAUCCAUACAAGGUAAUUAAGUACUCUUCAGGAGUCAUUAUCAAGGCUUAUGAGUUAAAUGAACGAGUCGAAUUAUCCGCUGAAAUAGUGUCAUAACGCCAUAACGAAGUGAAGAUGUUCUUGCGGUUACUUAUUUUUGUUUGCGUCUCCUUCAGCUUUUCAAAGGGCUGGCUGUUUAGCGGUCCGAAUUGCGAUGAGCUGAAGGACUGUGUUUCAUGCGCUAGAACCGAAAGUUGGUCGGGUAAGAGAUGUCGUUGGUGCUAUCGUACAUCGACAUGUCACGCUCACGGCAGCCUGGUUAACAAAUGCUCGCGAGCAGAAAAUGUCGUUAAAUCCGCCAACUGCGACAAGAUAGUUUACGCCAGGUACGACAAAACCGUUGCUUAUAAGUUGGUCUUUCUCAGUGCGUUAGCGUACUCUCCCGAUGUCGCCAAGUACUUGUCUGGCGCAAGCGAAGUGAAAUCAUUUCAUCUUGUCAAGCAAGUUAUCAAGUCUUGUUCAGGAGGGGCACUUUGCUCUGGUUUCGUCGCUGUUUCGCAUUCGGAAAAAGCCAUCGCGAUUGCAUUUCGCGGGACCCAACAUUUUGAGCAACUGAUCACUGAAAUGCGACGAGUGCUGACCGAGCCUAAACAGUCUUUACAAGCGGGCGGAAAGGUUCAAGCAUAUUUUAAACAAGUAUUCCAGGUUGUGUGGAAAGACUUGGAAAACUAUGUUUACGAACAGAUAAAGAAGUAUCCAAAUUACAAAGUUUGGGUGACAGGACAUUCUCUCGGUGGGGCGAUUGCAUCUCUUGCUAGUACAACGAUCGCAUUCGAACAAAAGACACCAAAAAACAACUUGCUUUUGUACACAUUUGGUCAACCCAGAGUCGGGAACUAUGAUUAUGCUUUCGCCCAUGAUUCGUUGGUUCCGCAAAGCUUCAGAUUGACCCAUUAUCGGGACAUUGCUGUCCAUCUACCAACCUGCAAAACAGCACCUGGAGCUCCUUGUAUUGCGUUGGGGGGCGGUCCUUAUCAUCACGGCAAGGAAAUCUUUUAUAAAAAUGAAAUUAUGACAAAAGAUUCUCCAUACAAACUGUGCGACGGAUUGCCAUACAAUGAAGAUUUGGGUUGCAGCAAUAAUCCUUUGAUAUGGUCGAAAUGCUUCUCUACAGAGUUGUCUAAAUGUAUUGACGACCACCGGUACUAUUUUGGCAUCCGCGUCGGUAAAUGGUGGAAAAAAAUGCAAAUAUAACUUGAUAUUGGGUUUAGUCUACUGCAGAUGUUUGUUGAAAUAUAUGCCAUUUCAAAAUGUA